UUUGCAUACUCUUUUUCAUUGUUUAUAAAGUCAUUCUAGUAUUCUAGGUGAUAAAUAUCAUUAUUAUUAUUUGAACAUAUUAUAUAUAUAUUACGUAAUCAUUAAUGUCAUGGUGUCACUAUCAGCUAACAUAGAACCACUAAUGAUGAUCUUCAGACUGCAUCAUCAUCAAUAUGUUGGCAAAUGCAACGCAAUGCUGAAGCCUUGAUAAUAUUUCAAGUGGUACUACAAACAUGAGUGGCAGAAGGCAAGGAGGGCUCCCUUCCACUCCAGCUCCUUCAGCUACUCACACCCCUACUCCCAGCCAUGAGAUCAACAUUCCACCUUACUUGUGGCUGGACAAACAGGAGGUGGUGCAGAGGGAGCUGGAGGAGGCCAGGGCCAGGGCAGUUCAGAUGGAGAAGACCAUGCGCUGGUGGAGUGACUGCACUGCCAACUGGCGUGAGAAGUGGAGUAAGGUUCGCAGUGAGCGAAACAGAGCUCGGGAGGAGGUGCGACUCCUGAGGAUGCGGCUUGAAGGCAACCUCAUGGCUAAGGGUCUCGCCGACGAGUCUCCUGAACGCGACGUGUCGUCGGUAGCCGCGUCUCAGCUGCGCCGGCAGCAGCAGCGUGAGUACUACCAACAGGAGCACAAGACUGAAGGUGAACCAGAAUCCGGUCAGCUCGUUGAGAAGCUUGCGUACGGCCUCACCAGCAGCAGAGCUGACCUCAGCAACCAGUGCAGCGUCGUCCAGCAACGGCGCAUGUCAAAUGAGCAGCAGCAGCAGCAAGAAGAAGAUGAGGAUAACGCAAACAUGGAGAGCAGCUCUGGGGAUGACGAGUCGCGGGCACAUGUCAUGGCAGAAGGCAAUAAUCCCAUGACUUCUAAUGAGAGGCGUCGUCACUCUCUCAACUUAACUCCUCCUCCUCCCCCCACGACACCACACCUAGUGGAAGGUAACACAUCAAAUACUGACGUGAGCCACGUCUCGUCGGCUGCAGCGUCAGUUUCGUUGCUCGAAGAGUUGUUUGGUUACGGGGUGGGCUUGGAGGGCCUGAGCUUGUCUCCUGAAGAGGGCAGUGCGGCGGUGGCCAUGGCCGCGGCCAUCAACUCGCGCCAGACGCCGAGCGAGCAAGUGAAGCAACUCAUCGCUCAACAUUUCCUUAGCAAAGCCUGGACUAGUCCUGCCUCGUGCAUGGGGGCCAACGAAGAUUCUUCCCUCCAGAGCGAAGGCCAAAACACGGAUUCUGGUUUUGAUUCACAGCGACCGCAUUCUGGGAACACAGAUGCACGUCUCGUGCCAUCCAAUUCAAAUUCCUAUGAAGGAUUUCAUUGCUCUGACGAGCCCACCUCCCCAGAAGACGUCGUCACUCACGAGACAGUGUUAAGGAAGUCAGGUUUUGAUGGCGCGUGUGGCAAGUCUGGACGUGGGAACAGCGCCCCUCGCUCGUCCCCCAACAACUCGGCUGAUCCUCCUACAGGUUUGUGUUGCUGGUGUAAUAAGAUGCCGGGCAUCCAAGACGCUGCGGCUGCUGCAGCUGCUGCAGACUUGACUGGCAGCCUCACUAGGCAGGUUUGUUUGCUGCGCAUGCAGCUGCACGAGGCUGCGCGCGCCCUGCAGCUUGAGAGAGAAGAGCGCUGCGACUUGGGCACAUCUGCUGCUCGCUAUCAGACAGAGGCUGCGGAACUGCGUGCUGAGCUUCAUAACAUCCGUUGCAGCAGACAGGAAGCGAUCCAGCAAGUGGAAUGUGUACGUUCUCAACUGCAGCAGCUGCAGCACCAACAACACCAGCAACUUGUGCAAGAAACCGCUGCUCGUCAGAUGGCUGAGGCCAAACUGGCAGAGCUGCGUGCGGACAUCGAAAGGCUCCAGCAGGAGAACGCGGUGGAGUGGAGUCGUCGGGAGCAGCUGGAGUCCGAGUCCCUGAACUGGGAGCGCAGCAACAAGGCUCUCAAGGCUCAGGUUGAAGAACUACUGGAGCGCCUCAAGCCUCUUGAGCAACUCAAGUCUGGCAGCAACAACGGGCGCUCAGGCAAGAGUGGCGACGCUGUCCAAGACGAAGUGAGCAGCUUGCGUGAACAGCUAUGCGAGCUUAACCUCUACGUUAGUCAGUACAAGAAAGCGCUCUCGUGCAAGACCGUCGAGUGCGAACACAGCGUGCGGCGUUCCGAGCAAUACGAAGCAGAAGUGAAGCGUUUACGGGCGCGGGUCACAAAGCUACGUCAGGACCUGGCCAGCACCCAGGACGAGCUGGACACCGCCCAUAAUGCCGCUCGUCGCCUCACUCGUGCAAGGGACGAGCUUCAGGACACGGUCGACACGCUGCAGCUCAAACUUAACCACAUGCAGUCGCGGCUGCGCUGCACCAGCGCCGCUGUCGUGUCUAGUCGCGCCAGUGCCUUGAAGAAACUCCUGCCUCACUGUGACACUGAUGAUGAUACCAACUGAUCACGUGACGUGCUGUGCUAAAGAACUCCAUUCAUCAGCUGCAAUACUUGUUACAUGGGAUUUUUUUUGCACCUUGCCACCACCAAUCGCACGAAUUUUAGCCAAGUUAAGUUCGAGCUGACACUAAAAUUCAACGUUCAAUCGUUCAUACAUGAUCAAUUAUUGACUUACGACUCCCAAGACCAUGUGUCCCGCAACUCCCGUCCUGUUCAGUCCUGACUUUCAUUGAGAUCCAACGGCAGCAUUGAAUUUCUAUUAGCAGCAGUGCUUUAUAUAAAGUGUGUCAUUGCUAUAUGCAAAUCGGACCAUUGCUGAUAGCAGAUCGUGAACAGUAAGCGGAUAAGUACUGUAAGCAGAUAAUGAACUGUAAACAGAACGUGUACUGAAAGCGGAUGGUUGCUGUAAGCAUAUCAUGUACUAUAUAAAGUAUUUCAUGAUAAGUUUGUAGAUGGAAUUAAGAUUCUUCAAGAACUUGACACUUUGCUAGAAUAUCUCCAUCUAUGUUUGAAGUGCCUGGUAAGGCCCGUUCACACUAGGGGCAACACACGGGCGUCAAGCGCCUCACCGCCCCUCUGUGCAGCGUCUACGUACGCGUCUUGUGGGCAGCGAAGCGAUUGACGAGCUAGCGAUUCACAGGCGCCGUGCCUCAUGCAACACACUCAAGCGAUGCACUCAGUUGACGGCUGUCUCUGGUCUAGCGAGGUGGUCUGUAUACGCUGGUCUUUCACUAUGUCAACUAACGCCACACUUGUUUGGCCUCACUCUCUAGUAGAGAGGCUAAUUGAUCUUUGUAAAGACCAUGAAUGC